GUGAACAUAAAUCGCUGACUUUUCUCCACCAAUCACAAAGACAUCGGCACCCUAUAUUUUAUCUUCGGAGCCUGAGCAGGAAUAGUUGGAACAGCCCUGAGCCUACUCAUUCGCACAGAACUAAGCCAACCCGGACCCCUUAUAGGAGACGACCAGAUUUACAAUGUCAUUGUCACCGCACAUGCCUUCAUUAUAAUUUUCUUCAUAGUAAUACCCAUCAUAAUCGGGGGAUUCGGAAACUGACUACUACCAUUAAUAAUUGGAGCACCUGACAUAGCAUUCCCCCGAAUAAACAACAUAAGCUUCUGAUUACUCCCACCAUCAUUUACUUUACUCCUCUUCUCAGCCUUCGUUGAAACUGGAGCUGGAACUGGAUGAACAGUCUACCCACCACUAGCAGGAAACCUAGCCCACGCUGGACCCUCAGUAGAUCUAACCAUUUUCUCCCUUCAUCUCGCAGGGGUAUCUUCAAUUCUAGGGGCAAUUAAUUUUAUUACCACAGCCAUAAACAUAAAACCCCCAGCAAUAUCACAAUACCAAACACCUCUUUUCGUAUGGUCUGUGCUUAUUACAGCCGUACUACUCCUACUCUCUCUACCAGUCUUAGCUGCUGGAAUCACCAUACUCCUAACCGACCGAAACUUAAACACAACCUUUUUCGAUCCAUCUGGUGGCGGAGACCCAAUCCUGUAUCAACACCUCUUCUGAUUCUUCGGACACCCAGAAGUCUACAUCCUCAUCCUCCCAGGAUUCGGAAUAAUUUCCCACGUGGUUACCUUUUACUCAGGGAAAAAAGAACCAUUUGGGUAUAUAGGGAUAGUAUGAGCAAUAAUAUCAAUUGGCUUCUUAGGCUUCAUUGUCUGAGCUCACCAUAUAUUUACAGUAGGAAUAGACGUUGAUACCCGAGCAUAUUUUACUUCAGCCACAAUAGUUAUUGCUAUCCCCACAGGAGUAAAAGUAUUCAGCUGAUUAGCAACAAUUUAUGGGGGAAUUAUAAACUGACAAGCUCCAAUGCUCUGAGCACUAGGCUUCAUCUUCCUAUUUACAGUAGGAGGACUGACCGGAAUCGUCCUAGCCAACUCAUCAUUAGACAUUAUUCUCCACGACACCUACUAUGUAGUAGCCCACUUCCAUUAUGUGUUAUCAAUAGGGGCAGUAUUCGCAAUUAUAAGUGGGUUCACUCACUGAUUCCCACUAUUUACAGGGUUUACUCUACACCCUAUAUGAACGAAAACCCAAUUCAUAAUCAUGUUUACAGGAGUAAACCUGACCUUCUUCCCACAACACUUCCUAGGCCUCUCCGGAAUACCACGACGAUACUCAGACUACCCAGACGCAUAUGCCUUCUGAAACAUGAUCUCGUCAAUCGGGUCAUUAAUUUCCAUAGUCUCUGUAAUCCUCCUAAUAUUUAUUGUGUGAGAAGCAUUCUCAUCAAAACGUAAAGUUCAAACACCAGAAAUAGCAACCACAAAUAUUGAAUGACUCAAUAGCUGCCCUCCAUCCCACCACACCUAUGAAGAGCCAGUAUUUGUUCAAACACAAU